AUGACGGUUGCCGAUCAGUUAAUGAAGAAAAAAAAACAGAAAAAAAAGCAGGAGCAGGGUCUGCUUUGCUUUUAUGAUCACGAGGAGGAUCGGCGUCAUAGUCAGUGGCUUAAGGACCAGGGGCACGUGCGCGAGACCCUCAAAGUUCAUUGGCUGGAUAUGAUUAUGGGUAAGCCAUUGCUUUGCUUGACCUACUUGGCGCGCGUGGGGACAACCGUGGGAUUCUUCCACGGAGUGGGGCGCUCGGUGUAUCUUUAUCGUACUAUGGACAAGAUAUAUAUUAAGCUCCAUGGUGUUAGCUUUGCGGGCAUCGCCUUGUGCGAAGCUAGUAUUUCGAUUGUGAAGGGCGCCCUUGUGGCGGCGGCUGGCACUGCGGGUAUAGUAGUGGGUGAAUCUGCGACGAGCAUUACGAGAGCGAUUACCACCAGAGAUGUCUCUGUGCCGGAGCGUGCAUGGAUUAACGUUUGGGUUUGUGGUACUUCUGGCGGGCUUUUCGCUUUGGGGUUGGGGUUGGGUUGGGGGGGGGGGGGGGCGUUUACAGCUUUGCACGCUUCCAUCCUGACACCUUGGGGAAUGGCGGCGACUGUGAUGGGUUUUACAGCUGUCAGCUCCCUCCUGGGACUCGCACUAGCCUGUAUCACAUAUCAUCCCUUUGCUGCUGCACGUCAGGGUCGCACUUACGACCCCUACUGGCACCCAUGGUACACGAGGAGACUUAAUGACGGUGGCGGUGCCUACAUGCGUGGGAGGUACAUCUGA